UUUAUAGCGCAUUAAAUUGUAUUAACAUUAGAAGGUGCUCGCUCUCGUAUUUGAGACAGACGGUGUUGUGAAACUCUAGAUUAUUCUCCCUGUAACGGCGCUCUCCGUGAAUGCAGCAGAGAUAUCUUCUUGUAGUUAAAGUUAGUCCCCCCAAGCGGAGUAAUAUUGUUAGUAUUUACAGUGUGGUUGUUGCAUGCUUUCUUGGUACACAAGAUCGCGUGUACAGUUCAUUAUCUCUAGCACAGAAUUGUCUACUGCGUCCACCUACCAUUGUCGAUUCCGUGUCAUCUGUGAACUGCUGAUGAUCCCGCCUCCAAAGAACCUAAGCUGAAUUCUCAUUGGAAGAAUGGAGCGCCAGUCUUUCCUACACGAGUGAACACACCAAGAGACUCCAGUGGUGACCCCCUUUGGAGACAGAAAUCAAAGGCACGGAGGCUGAAGUCACUAAGCUGGAACUGAAGAUUGCUUUAAACAAGCAAGUCCUUCUAGAAGGUUUUGAAGUCAUGAUGCAAGAAUCUGGGACGGAGGCGACAAGCAACGGUCCGGCCAAUCAGAACGGAGCAGCGAGCGUGGAGGGCGGAGCCAGGGACGCGAGGCCCGGGAGCGUGACGACCCCGUCGGCAGCUGACCUGAUCCAUCUCCAGCAGCACCAGGCUCUCCAAGUGGCUCGACAGAUCCUUCUACAACAACAACAACAACAACAACAACAGCUGCAGCCUCAGCAAGGCACCGGUCUAAAAUCCCCCAAAGGCAGUGAGAAGCAGCCAAGUCUACAGGUUCCAGUCUCAGUGGCUAUGAUGACACCCCAGGUAAUAACUCCCCAGCGGAUGCAGCAGAUCCUCCAGCAGCAGGUGCUGAGCCCUCAGCAGCUCCAGGUGCUCCUGCAACAGCAGCAGGCACUCAUGUUACAACAGCAGCAACUCCAAGAGUUCUACAAGAAGCAGCAGGAACAGCUCCACCUCCAGCUCCUCCAGCAGCAGCAUGCGGGAACGCAGAGUAAAGAGCAGCAGCAGCAGGCCCAGCGUUUGGCCUUCCAGCAGCAGCUCAUGCAGGUCCAACAGCUCCAGCAGCAGCACCUGCUCAACCUCCAGAGACAAGGCCUGCUCACCAUCCAGCCUGGACAGACCACCUUGCCCCUGCACUCGCUCACUCAGGGCAUGAUUCCAGCGGAGCUUCAGCAGCUGUGGAAGGAGGUGACGAACGUGAAGGAAGAGAACAGCAGCAGCAACAACAACAGCCACCGCGGCCUGGACCUGUCCUCGCCACAACCCCCCAAGAACCCCCUCCUCAACCAACACGCCUCCACCAACGGACAGUACAUGAGCCACUCUCUGAAGAGAGAAGGAUCAACGCUAGAUGACCACCACCACUCUCACCACAGUCACCCGCUCUAUGGGCAUGGGGUUUGCAAGUGGCCUGGAUGCGAGGCGGUAUUUGAGGACUUCCAGUCAUUCCUAAAGCAUCUCAACAAUGAGCACGCCCUGGACGACAGGAGCACAGCCCAAUGUCGGGUGCAAAUGCAGGUCGUACAGCAGCUGGAACUACAGCUAGCGAAAGACAAAGAGCGUCUGCAAGCCAUGAUGACGCAUCUCCACGUCAAAUCCACUGAGCCCAAACCGACCCCACAGCCACUCAACCUGGUGUCCAACGUCACCUUAUCCAAAACAGCCCCCCCUGAGGCCUCGCCCCCUCUGAGCCUGCCCCAGACCCCAACCACCCCCACGGCCCCCCUGACUCCCCUGUCCCAGGCCUACUCCGUCAUCACCCCCAACAGCCUCCACCACAGCGUGGGCCCCAUGCGCCGGCGCUACUCUGACAAGUACAACAUGCCCAUUUCCCCAGGCUGUGUUUGCUCCCUUUGUACAGAUAUUGUCCAGAACAAAGAGUUCUACAUGAAUGCUGAAGUCAGACCUCCCUUCACAUAUGCCUCACUUAUACGCCAGGCUAUCCUUGAAUCACCGGAAAAGCAGCUAACACUAAAUGAAAUUUACAACUGGUUCACACGAAUGUUUGCAUAUUUCAGGCGCAACGCCGCAACAUGGAAGAACGCAGUCCGGCAUAAUCUUAGUCUUCACAAGUGUUUUGUGCGAGUAGAAAACGUUAAAGGGGCUGUGUGGACAGUGGAUGAACUAGAGUUCCAAAAGAGAAGGCCACAAAAGAUCAGUGGUCCAGCAUUAGUGAAGAACAUCCAGACCAGCUUGGGUUAUGGGCCAGCUCUCUCAGCAGCCUUCCAGGCUUCAAUGGCAGAAAACAACAUACCUCUAUACACUACUGCUUCCAUUGGAAGUCCCACCCUCAACUCCCUGGCGAAUGCCAUCCGAGAGGAGAUGAACGGAGCGAUGGACCAUGGAAACAGCAACGGCAGUGACAGCAGUCCGGGACGCUCUCCCUUGCCAGCUAUGCAUCACAUUAAAGAGGAACCGUUGGACCCGGAGGACCACGAAGGCCCCCUCUCCCUUGUGAUGACGGCCAACCACAGUCCAGAUUUCGGUCACCACAGAGAUUACGAUGACGACCAGGGCCACGAUGACAUGCUGUAAGGCCAGGCCCCCAGAGGCAGAACUAACCUUAGUCAUCUGUGAGAUGCCACGACGUCACAGAUAACAGAUACAAGACUGCAGUCUCAGCCCUCUGAUGACAGCUAUCAAAUGUUUCCAAUUGACUUUUAGUGCCAUUAAAUACAUAGUGAAAAACACAAGAACGAGAAUACGUCUCACUUGGGAGUAUUUUUGAUUUAUAUCUACUUUUUGGUUUAAGUGAACGGAAAAAAAAGACAUUUCUACUCAACAUGCGUUGGAUGGACAUGUUUGGUACUGGGGACUUCUUGGUUAGUGUGGUGAUUUCAAAUCCAGGAUGGACUUGGACCUGCACUGUGCAGCCAGUAUGGACUGCAUGCAGCCCACUCAACCACACUGAGCACGGACUGCUGAGGGGUUCUCUGUCUUUUUCUCUCUCUCUCUCUCACACACACACACACACACACACACACACACACACACACACACACACACACACACACACACACACACACACACACACACACACACACACACACACACACACACACACACACACACACACACACACGUCCAUAAACUUAAGAGAUAUUGACUGACAUUUAAUUUACACUGUGUGUGUGUGUGUGUAUAUUUUGUUCAUUGUCACUGCCUUCAAAACUUCAUUGGUUUGCUUCCAUCUAGGGUGGGAGGGAUGUUUUGUGGUGUGUUUUGAGGGUGAGGGGUUUAAAAUCUAAAUGUAUGUCUUUUUCAUUGUACAAUGCUCUUUAUCGCUUUUGAUUUCUUUAACUGAUCAGACCUCAUGCCCGUGCUGUGGAGAUUCUGUAUGGUCAGCACUUGAUGAAUGCUUAUAUGAUUUCCUUUCAUGUUGUCUCCAUGUUGUUGUUUUUUACAUGAAGCAGAAUGUCAAAAUACCAAGUAGUAUUUUUCUGUCAUUUAUUCCACAUGCUUCAGAAUGCCACCUCCCUGACAUGUAGCCCCCCCCCCCCCCAUCCCCCCAUCCCCCCAAGCUCAUGAAGUCCAUCUGCAAUGCACUACUCGUAAUGAAGGCUCUCUCCACGCAUCAAUGAAGUUUAAUUUAAGAUGGGAAUGAAUGACAGAGAAAUCAUGCAGGUUAUGAUUUAUCCUCAUGAAAUGAUGUCUGAGAACAGCCCUUCACAGCAGUGCAUGUUAGCUGCAUCCACAUAUCUGAUCAUUCGCAAGCUCCCAGUUUUAGAAAGAAAAUGAAAUGCCAGGUGUGCAGGACAAAGAUGAUAUUUUAGACCAGAUAGUUGUGAUUCCCGAAGACAACUGUCAUCGUAGAUCAAACGUGUCUAGUUUUCCACACUGUCAUUUCACUCAUGGAGGGAUUGUUUGGCCAGGCUUGACAAUAUCAAAGUGCAUUCCCUAUAGUUGUCAUGUUUUUUACCAUAUGCAUGACCAGUUGGCUCUCUCAGUUCUGAGUGAUUAUUAAUAAUUACACACAUCAGAUUAAAUAUUAAUGUCCUUAAUUUCGGGAUAAUCCCAAAACGGGCAAUAAGACCUGAUCAUUGCUUCAUUCCGGUAUUUGUCAGCCAUGUUACGGCCCCAGACGCCCACCCUUCCACAAGCGAACUGAUGAUCUGGUACAGUCGGUAGUCAACAUCAGCAGAACCCAAUGACCAAGUCAGACUAGUGGUGUAGGCCCUGCGAUAGAGUGAAUGGGAUUGAUGCAGGGACUGUGGCGCUGUGAGGCUGAACACAAAUGGGCUUGAUCCUAGGUUUGGUAUAUUGAUAUGAAACGGAAUAUGCUCGGUCAAAGACUGACUUUUUAAAGACUGCAACCACUUUGCAUUUUUAUUUAUUAUUAUUAGUUCCGUUUUUAGUUUUACUUUUGUAUUUAGUUGUUGAUGUGUCGGAUAUCUUGUUCUGUGACUACCAAAGAUAAACUACAAAGUAAAAACGAUGUUCUCUGUUUCAUGCAAUAGCAGAUAAGGCCAAAUAUCCUCCAUUCUCUCACAUUGGAUGUGACAGGAUCUAUUGAUGGAGUAUAGUCUCAGCUUUGUCAAGCCAAUGGCUCAUUGAUUAGAGAGGGUGCUCCUCAAGCAGUCCGGACUGUCAUCACCUUUAAAGCCAAAGGGUUGUCAUGACGAGUACAGUAGCUGCAGGACUUUGCAGUGGCCAAAACCUCAAGGGAGAUGCAGAGUCAGACAAACAUUAUGACCAAAUUAGGGGUCUUUGGACCAAUGAGAGGGAAAGGGAUCACUCUGUCCAUCUAUCAGCAGCAGAUUACUGUGCAACAUAAGGGGGUGGAUAAAUGGAGAUGAUGAUAAUACCAAUGCUGAUUUACCAGUAGACAGGAGAGCUUUGCAGAGAACAAUGUGAAAAAGGAUUCUUUACUUCAACUGGACCACACAAUGAUUAAAUAUUUUGUUUGUUUUUUAUUCUUUAUGAAUUUGUACCCUUUCCAACGAUUGUAUGCCACUCUUUAGUGAGUCCUGCUAUCUUGACGGGAUUCUACUGUUCUCUGUUAACAUUGGCACGGCUUUAUGAUUGUGUUUAGUUUCUGUCAACGUAUUACUUUUUAUAUUAAAAAACACUCCUGUCAACUAAUAAGCUGGGUACAAGGUACUUUAUGGCAGUUAUUUGAACAUUUCAUCAUGCAUUUCCUAUUACUAAUGAAAAGGGCAAUCUGUGGUUUUCAGAAAAUGUAUUUAAUAUCCAAUAGCAGGCAGCUGUGGGAUGGGUCAGUAACAGCCGGACUGGGAUCGUGAGAACAACUCGAUCUCAUCCAAAGCCAGUCUUUUGCUGAUUUGCUUGGUAUUCUAAAGGGGGAAAAGCUGGUAGAUUAGAGCAUUCUCAGCAUGUGUAGCUUGACAUUACUAAAGAUAACAGCAUGAGAAAAAUUGUUAGUACACAGACCUCAGUUCAAACCUAUAGGGAAUGAUUAAAUUAAGAGAGAAAAAAUGUGUUUCACUCAGUUGCAUUUAGUUGUAUGUCUUGCAUGUGUAGUCUAAAACUGUAGUGAGUGAAAAAAUAUUUUUUAAAAGGCAAAAAAAAAAAAUGAUAAGAAUACAACAUUUGAGCUUGUUUAUCUUGAGGGUCUCGCAUCCUUUUUGCAAAAUCAAUCCAAACCUCAGGCCUUUUUUCAUGAAGAAAUCACCUAACUUUAUUUGAUCCCCUUUUUCACAGUCUAUUGUCAGUCGCUUGGUCGUGGGCUUUACAACAGUAGGUUGUUAGUAUAGCGCCUUGUGUCUUUUUCUUGUUGUUUUCUUUGCUUGUUUCUUUCAAAGAUCAAAAAAUUACAUGUGUGUUAUUCUUUUUGCUUUAUCACAACUGCUUUGUGUUAGCUAUAAAAAAAGCUUUGAAAUAUUGCUGUAUGUAUUGGAAUAGCAAACUGUACUGCAAAUGUAUUUUACUUAGUAAUCCUUGCUUUAAAACGUCAUACAUGCAGACAUCUGUGCGAGAUGGGCGGGGCAGGGUGGGGGAUUAUCCCAGAUUUUGGAUUUUAAACUGUAAAAUAGAAAACAGACUUUUUCUCUGUUAUCAUUGACCUAAGGAUUUUGUACAGAUUUUGUUCUUCCUUGUGUUAAGCUGUUUUUGAUACUUCCUUUUGAUGGUCCAACCACUGCCUUCUGUGGCUAUAUGUUAAACAUUAUUGCUCGGCGAAAGGGCAGACAGGUAUAUUUCCUCUACAAGACUGAGGUAUCUUGCAUGACUAAUUCCAGGGUCACAGAGAUGAGAAAUAAUAGUUAAGUGGUCAGUAAUAGUAUAAGGGUGUAUCAAUCUAAUGAUAUUUUAUAUGAAACUAAUAGGAAAAAUAAGAAAAAUAUGCAGUGCCAAGAUGUAGAGUAUUUGUUAAAUGCUUUGUUUUUAUUCCAGAGGAAUCGAUUAAUUCAUACGUACAUCAUCAGUGAUGUCAUCAUCAUCAGCCCAUCAUCAUUAGGUGAAAUACAUACCGUUUUUUUGUUAUAUUUUUAUCUCAACUGUUAUUUUUUCAUGAUAAGUAAAGCCAAGCACAUCAAGUAGCAGUCUUAAGUGGAGCACAAAGGUUAAAGGUUAAACGUUUGAUGUGAGUCGGACUGUACUUGUCCUUGAUAUACUGUAUGUUGAAUUUUGAACAAGAAAUAUCAACCCAAGUCGAGUAACCUUUUGACCUUGCUGUGCUCUGUGUAGGCCGCAUCAAAUUCCCCCUCAAGACACUUGUGGCCAUGCUAAUUUGCCACGGUUCCAUCAAUCAUGAUCCACCCCACUGUCGUUCACCACUGUGUUGUACCAUCAUCCUCUCAACUUGUGCUUCUGGCGGAGGGAGGGAGGGAAGAGGGUACAGCAGAGCAGCUGUCACGGUGCUUUAAUGCUUCAGCAGUUAGGUUAGUUUUCUGUUGAAGCUGUAGUCUGUAGUUUUCUGUUUUAUUAACUAAAUAUUCUGCUCAUCACCUCCAUCAUCAGUCUGUAAUCUCCUCAUCAUUCCUGGUCUGUCUGAUGCCGAGUAUUCUGUUGUACAGUCAGUCUCGAUAACUGACGUAAGCAUUCUAAAAAAUGCAAUAAAAUGCUGGUUGUUCA